UGUCGGACUAUGCCGAGCUCCCGGCUACAUUUCCUAUGAGAUUCGCUCUGAGAUUCUUGAGAUGGUCUGCCAAGCAAUGGAGGGAAAUUGCCAAGCUGGGGAAAGAAUUUUCUCGUCUUGAGGACUUGGUGGAUUAACUUUCCAUCUCUUUGCCUGGAAAUAAUUUCUUCCUCUGUUCAUGUUGUGAGCCUUCCUUGUAUUUUCCUUCUGUGGAUCGAUUCGGACACCAAAAUGUCAAAUCCGCAUUCGCAGCGGAAUGAGCACGGUUCUCAUUCGCCCAUCGCCGCUGUUAUCCAGCGCGCAGAGUCACCCGAAGAUCUUCCCGAUCCUGAGGGGAAACCGGUCAAGACGUCUGACAAAACUGUCGAGAUCGCCGAGAAGAAUCUAUCUGGCAAUCGUGAUGCCUCAAUCGAUGGUGGCUCUAUGAAAACGACCCAUGACCAUACCCGACGGAAGCUCAAACCUCGCCAUCUGCAACUGAUCGGCAUUGGAGGAACUAUAGGCACGGCGUUGUAUGUGCAAAUCGGUAACAAUCUUCGCACUAGCGGGCCUGCAAGUUUAUUCCUCGGAUUUACUAUUUGGAGUUGCAUUAUCUUGAUCAUAACCGUUUGUAAGAAACACCUUCCACUCCCUAGCCCAUUUCAAGCCAUGAGCAGCAAAAUACUCGCAAGGUCUGGCAGAGAUGGUCACCUACCUACCCAUUUCCUCACCUUUCAUCCGAUUCGCCGGUCGCUAUGUCGACGAAGCCCUCGGCGUUGCAGCAGGCUACAAUUUCUUCAUAUUCGAAGCUGCUCUCGUACCUUUCGAAAUCGUGGCUGUCAGUUUGAUUGUCAAUUACUGGACUAGUGCGAUUCCAGUGGCUGCGAUGAAUGUGAUCGUUCUUGUACUAUACACGAUACUCAACGUCUUCGCGGUCAAAUGGUAUGGCGAAGCCGAGUUCUGGCUAUCACUUGGAAAAGUCUUGCUCAGUAUCGGCCUCAUCUUCUACACGUUCAUCGUGAUGGUCGGCUGUAACCCGCUAGGUGACCGGUUCGGAUUCAGAUACUGGAAUGAACCCGGUGCUUUUGCCGAAUACUACAAGACCGGGGAUACGGGCAGGUUCCUUGGCUUUCUGUCGGCACUCAUUGCGGCUAGCUUUACGAUCGCUGGCCCGGACUACGUGUCCAUGGCUGCAGGAGAGACGAUUAACCCGCGCGUGGUUCUUCCAAAGGCGUAUAACGGCGUGUUCUACCGUCUAACAGCCUUCUUUGUCCUUGGUGUCCUAUGCGUGGGAAUCCUGGUCCCGUAUAACGACGAGACUAUGGCCGAUGCAUUUGACAAUGACAAGCCCGGUGCGGCGGCCUCGCCGUAUGUAAUCUCCAUGGAUAGAUUGCAUAUUCCGAUCUUACCGCAUAUCGUCAAUGCGGUCGUUCUUACGGCGUCGUUCAGCGCGGGCAAUAGUUAUGUAUACUGUGCUAGCCGCAGUCUCUACGGUCUUGCACUCGAGGGAAAGGCGCCAGUGUUUUUGACGAAGUGUACGAAAAAGGGCGUACCGGUUUACUGCGUGGCGGUGGUUUUGUUGAUUGCUCUGUUGAGCUUCCUCCAAGUCUCCAAUGGCGCAUCCGUGGUGUUGAACUGGUUUGUCAAUCUGGUUACCGCCUCGCAACUCAUCAACUUUUCCGUCGUCACGUUCACGUAUAUCCGAUUCAAGAAGGCCCUCGAUGCACAAGGUAUUUCGCGCAGCACCCUGCCAUAUCGCAGCUGGUACCAGCCUUAUAUCGCAUAUGUCGCUUGCACAGCUACUACGAUCAUGGCCUUUGUUGGGGGAUAUACCGUCUUCUUGCCAGGCAAAUGGUCGAUCCCCACGUUCCUGUUCUCAUACACCAUGAUUGGCGUGUUUCCCAUUCUUUACUUUGGCUGGAAGAUAUUCCAUAAAACCAAAAUUUUGAAACCGGAAGAGGUGGAUCUUGUGUCUGGAUUGGCGGAGAUUGAGGAGUAUACGAGGGAUUUUGUUUCUGUCCCACCCAAGACUAUCGUGCAUAAGUAUGUCGGUAUGCUAUUCGAGUGAGCUUGCAAGGGCCACUCUCGACGCCGACAGGGUCAACGGUACCUGGUCAUGGAAAAAGAGAAUCUACGAUACUUGUGACGAUUCAUGACUUUGUUCAAAAUAGACACUAUUAUACACUCGGGAUCACUCGUUUGAUCGCAACCCCCCGCCUUGUAAACUCCAUUACCGAAAAUGCACAUGUAGAAUAGGCCCCAGGGCCACCUGAUAUUCCUCCCCACGAAAACCCAGCAACUUAUUUCGACUCCCCAGCAGCCUCAGCAGCCCUCAAUUUUUCCAAGCGCUGCUUAUUUCGCUUCCCCAAGAUACGUAACGUAUUCUUGCGCUCGAUCUCCGUCAUCUGCUCCCAAUUGCCGAUCCGCGACAGCGUCCCGUCAACAUUGACAACCAUCGGCCCGAGGUGGUCGAGCGUGACGCCUCCAUCAGCGCCGAGGUCGAGGCGAAGUUGUUUUGGCUGUCCAUCGCCAGACGACUCGGUCGGUGGAAGAAACAGCUGUUCCUUGGAAGCCUCCGCUUGGGUGUUUUCCUGGGGUUGCGCUUCGCCGGUCUCUUGCUUUGAAGAGGUCCCGUCUGCAGGGGGUGUAGAGGAGGACAUCGUGUGCGAGUAGCGGAUUGAUUCGUAGGAUCUGUUGCCAGGUGCGCACUGUGGGAAGAGGAUGCUGUAGAGGCGGGAGGAGGUCACCGAGGAUUGUGGUAGCUGCGUGGAGGCGCCGAGGGACCAGGCACUGGGAAUGGAGGCGCGAGCAAAGAUCGGAUUCACACUGAAGUGAAAGAGGGCUGCACGGUAGGCUGUACGCGACAACUGCAUGCUUGGGCCGUGGGAAAGGUGUAGUUGGGGAGUUGGGUUGAGCGAUAAAAUGGUCGCGGUAGAGAGCGGAGUCGAGAUGGUUCUGGAAGCCGCCCCGCAG